UCCUGAAGGCAUCGUGAGAUGUGAUUGACUGCUGUUGGCAGACCAGAUUAGCAAUCUGUCUCCUGGUCAGAAGAUAGACUGCAGUCACCUUUAUGACGCAAACGUUUCACCUUCAGCCUCCACGACAGCGUGUACUGGACUUUGCUGACUGAAGAGGAGUGUUAUAAUUUGAUAUUCAAGAUAAGAAGAGUGAUAAAAGGGACGGGCAUCGCUUCUGCGCGCACUUAUGCUAGGUCGCUUCGACUGUUAGCUUAGCCGUGUCCUUCUGUGCCACAGAUUUUAGCAGCAGCAGCAGACCUCAGCUGGACCUGGCUACUCUCACUAAAUCCCGCGACAGGCCAUCCUCCAAAACAAGGAAGUAUGAAUGAACGUUGCAGCUAGCCUGCUAGCCUACGCCGAGCUGCAGCUCCGCCACCGGGUUCCUUGUCUGAGUAUCAGCCGAUAUUUCAUUCCACCAGCUUUGAAUCGGAGGUUUUGAACAGAUUAGAGCUCCAGAGAUGAUUCCCGACAAAACACCUACGGAAGACGUUUUUCCCGGAUUCGAGGAGCUGAAGAAGAAUGCCCACAUCUCCACAUUUGAGGAGUUUAAAGAGCUCUACACAAAAUCCAUCGACAAUCCAGAUGAGUUCUGGGGAGACAUUGCUAAAGACUUCUUUUGGAAGACAAAACACAGGGGCCCUUUCCUCACCUACAACUUUGAUGUGACCAAAGGAGAGAUCUUUAUUAAAUGUAUGGAGGGAGCUUCCACCAACAUCUGCUACAACCUCCUGGAUCUCAGUGUCUACCAGAAGAAACUCAGCGACAAGGUGGCCUUCUACUGGGAAGGCAAUGAGCCUGGUGAUGAGCUAACGGUGACCUACAGGGAGUUGCUGCAGAGGGUCUGUCAGUUCGCCAAUGUCUUAAAAUCCCAGGGAGUGAAGAAGGGUGACCGUGUGUCCAUUUAUAUGCCCAUGGUGAUUGAGCUGGUGGUCGCCAUGUUGGCUUGUGUUCGUAUUGGAGCUGUGCAUUCCAUCGUGUUUGCAGGUUUCUCUGCAGAAUCUCUAUGUGAGAGGAUCGUGGAUUCACAGUGUUCACUACUCAUCACGGCAGAUGGUUUCUAUCGGGGAGAUAAGCUGAUCAGCCUGAAGCUUUUAGCUGAUGAAGCACUGCAGAAAUGCAGAGACAAGGGGUUCCCAGUAAAGACAUGUAUCAUGUUGAAGCACUUAUCUAAAGAAGCUGAAGAUGCACCUCUUGGUUCUCAGUCUCCUCCCGCCAAACGACCCUGUCCUGACCUACAGGAAAAACAGACAGUGAGAGUAAAGAAAACACGUCCUGUUCCGCAGGUCCCAUGGAACAAAGAAGUGGACCUGUGUUGGCACACGCUGGUGCGUGGAGUGUCAGAUGAAUGUGAACCUGAGUGGUGUGACUCAGAAGACCCUCUCUUCAUCCUUUACACCAGCGGCUCAACCGGCAAACCAAAGGGUGUUCUUCACACGGUCAGCGGCUACAUGCUGUACACCGCCACCACCUUCAAGUUGGUGUUUGACUACCAGCCCAACGAUGUCUACUGGUGCACAGCAGAUAUUGGUUGGAUUACUGGACACUCAUACAUCGUCUACGGCCCACUGGCUAACGGGGCCACUAGUGUCCUGUUUGAGGGCCUGCCGAUUUACCCAGACAUGAGCCGUAUGUGGCAGAUUGUGGAUAAAUACAAUGUGAGUAAGUUCUACACAGCUCCCACCGCCAUUAGACUUCUGAUGAAGCACGGCAGUGAGCCAGUGCAGAAGUGUAAGCGAGAGUCUCUGAAGGUGUUGGGGACAGUGGGCGAGCCCAUCAACCCAGAGGCUUGGCAUUGGUACUACAAUGUGGUUGGAGAAAAGAGAUGUCCCAUUGUCGACACCUUCUGGCAGACGGAGACUGGUGGACAUGUGUUAACGCCUUUACCUGCAGCCACACCGCUAAAACCUGGAUCUGCUACAUUUCCGUUCUUUGGAGUUGUGCCGGCCAUUCUGAAUGAGUCUGGAGAGGAGCUGGAGGGACCAAGUGAAGGAUACCUGGUGUUCAAACAACCGUGGCCUGGUGUGAUGAGGACAGUGUAUAGAAACCACCAGAGGUUUGAAACCACCUACUUCAAGAAGUUCCCUGGAUACUAUGUGACGGGAGACGGUUGCCAUAGAGACAAAGAUGGCUACUACUGGAUAACAGGGAUAGAUGACAUGUUGAAUGUUUCAGGUCACUUAUUAAGUACGGCAGAGGUGGAAUCUGCUCUAGCGCAUGAAACUGUAGCAGAGGCUGCUGUUGUUGCCAGACCUCAUCCUGUCAAAGGAGAAAGCCUCUAUUGCUUCGUCACGCUCACUGAUGGCGUGACGUACGACAGCAGGCUGGAGGCGGAGCUGAAAAACGAGAACAUUACCAUCUACAUCCUUUACCACCCUAACCUGCUGCACAUCCUUUCCAGCUGGGUUUGGCCAAUUGUGAGGGAGAAGAUCGGUGCCAUUGCGACACCAGACUACAUCCAGAAUGCACCAGGACUCCCCAAGACCAGAUCUGGUAAAAUUUAUUAG